CAGAUCAAGAAACUAAUAGCAAAAUAACAAUAGGGUCCGCCGUGGCCAUGAUCGGAGCGAACCUUCGCUUCGGUUCAGCAGGGGCUACUAAUUCUUCAGUGGUCAAUAACACGCGGCACUGCCCGCCAGGUGGUGCUGCGAGCGCUGCCGCUCUACUAGCACUCUCCAGUCUAGGAAUGUCUGCUAAUUUAGCACUGAUGGCGGUAAUACUCAGCAAAAAACAAUUGCGAAGAUGGUCUCAUGGUCUGCUGUUCCACCAAGCGAUUGUGGACCUCGCUCGGGCAGCCAUCUUGCUACCUCUCGGCAUUGCUGUGUUCCGAUGCCAGCCAGUCUACAAAUGCUCGCUGGUUGAAACGGCAUUUCUGCUCCUGGUGACAGUGUCUACAGUGAACAUGCUCACGACAGUUCUCAACGACAGUCCAAUUUUCCCCGAAAAUGAGGAGGAGCAAGCUGAUUUAUCGGCACCAUUACUGAUGGACAGCCCGCAGUGCGUCCUUUUCGGAACAUUCAUGAUCUGGUUCGCAUCGAUAACGAUAAAUCUCGGGCCCACGUUCUUAUCUGGGGCUUUGGCUGCCAGUGCAGGCUCUUACGGGUCUUACGGGCCGGCUCCCUCGUGUCCUUUAGUGCGAGGACCCUUCAGGCAUUACGUGCUUAACGCUCUUUGGAUAGGCGUUAACGCUGUCUGCAUUGGAUUGACACUUUUCCACUUGAAAAAGCUCCACCGAGAUCUCACUAAGGCUAACGUAGAAGCAGUACGGGUAGCUGGUUUAGUGACCACGCUUGUCAGCAUGGCAGGUGACAACAGGCGUAUGGAUAACCUGCCCAACAGCGUCGGACCCAGGACUGUGGACGGUACUCUUUCGGAUGGUCGCCCAACUGGCAGCAACAACCUUCCCCUGGGUGGUGGUCGCAGACUGCGAGGUUAUCUGGCGCGAGUGGAGCGUGAGGGUGUCCGUCGUGUACGAAUGUUCCUCGUCAUCACUGCAGCAUAUGUGCUGUUCUGGGGCCCACUGUUUCUGAUCACUCUGCUGCAUCACCCGGCUCUCACAUCGCACAUAGCUUAUGAAAUGUAUUUCCAAAUCACACUACAUAUCUCAUAUGUCCACGCGGCGGUUAAUCCUCUGCUGUUCAUGGCUUUACAUCGGGCUUUACGGAGAGCGGCUUUGCAGUUGUGCUGCGGUUGUUGCGUGCAUUGGAGUCAGUUUGUGUUAGCUCUGACUGCUGCUGCCCAAUCACCACUAGCCCCAGCGUCGUUCUCACCCGCGGCAGUGUCUCCGGAGCCUCCCCCCGCGCCCCCACCACCGAUGGCUCCUCCCGCCCCCCCGGCGCCGGCGCACUCCGCGCCUGCGCCUCACACGAUGAUGAGUUGGGAAGUUGAGGAGUGUGACGCUGAGAGUAUGUCGAGUGCGCGUGUGCAGGGAGACGAGGAUAUGAUGGGGGAGGCGUGGAGCGGCAGCGUGCGGCGGGUGGCGCGCUCGCCGAGCCCGCUGCUGCCCGCGAUCUGA